CGUGAUGAAAGAAAGAAUUCAAGCCAUCAAAUUUAUUUAAACAAAAAUAUAAUACUACUACUACUACUAAUAAUAAUAAUAAUAAGAAUGGAGUCUCAAACAAAUGAGCUUGAUAACUACUACCCUCUGUUACAACCAAUUCAAGAAAGUACAACGCCGCCAGCCGCCUCCAGGCAUGAUGGUGGUGGCAGCAUGGAGCUGGAGAGGGUGCUUUCCGACACUAGCAGUGAUACACCGUUGAUGAGGCGGUUUUCAUUGGCCUCCAGGAUUGAGCUUAAUCUACUGUAUAAGUUGGCGGCACCGGCGGUGAUGGUUUACUUGAUCAACAACGCCAUGUCUAUCUCUACACGAAUCUUCUGCGGUCAACUUGGAAACAUGGAACUCGCAGCUGCCUCUCUUGGUAACCAAGGGAUUCAACUCUUUGCAUAUGGCCUCAUGCUCGGAAUGGGUAGUGCAGUGGAGACACUAUGUGGUCAAGCAUUUGGUGCACACAAAUAUGAUAUGCUUGGAGUCUAUCUCCAAAGAUCCACAAUAGUCCUCACAGCCACAGCCAUCCCAAUCACUAUGAUUUACGUUUUCGCAAACCCCAUUCUAAUAUCACUAGGUCAAUCUCCCUCAAUGGCGUCUGCUGCAGCCCUAUUUGUGUACGGCCUCAUUCCUCAACUAUUCGCGUAUGCCAUCAAUUUUCCUAUCCAAAAGUUUCUUCAAGCUCAAAGUAUCGUGGCGCCGAGUGCUUUUAUUUCGGCUGGAACCCUGGUUGUGCAUCUGAUCCUUUCUUGGAUCAUGGUAUACAAGUUAAGGCUGGGCUUGCUUGGCGCCUCACUGACGCUAAGUUUGUCAUGGUGGGUCAUAGUUGUGGGCCAGUUUGUUUACAUCUUGAUGAGCAACAGAUGUAAGGCCACAUGGAAUGGGUUUAGCAUCAAGGCGUUUGGUGGUCUGUGGGAGUUUGUAAAAUUGUCAAGUGGGUCUGCAGUGAUGCUGUGUUUGGAGACGUGGUAUUUUCAAGUAUUGGUGUUGAUUGCAGGGUUGCUCGAGAACCCUGAGCUAGCAUUGGAUGCACUUUCGGUUUGCAUGGGUGUCAAUGCGCUGUCGUUCAUGAUAUCAGUCGGGUUCAACGCAGCUGCCAGUGUUAGGGUCGGAAAUGAGCUUGGAGCAGGAAACGCUAGAGCUGCAGCAUUUUCUGUAUGGAUGGUGACUAGCGUCUCAUUUCUCAUUGCCAUAGUCACAGCAAUGCUUGUGUUGUCAGUGAGAGACGUCAUUAGCUAUGCAUUCACAACUGGUGAAACUGUUGCUAAUGCAGUCUCUGAUCUUUGCCCGUUAUUGGCCAUCACCAUAAUCCUCAAUGGCAUACAACCCGUUUUGUCAGGUGUGGCUGUUGGUUGCGGAUGGCAAACUUACGUUGCAUAUGUGAACGUGGGAUGCUAUUAUGUUGUUGGCAUUCCUCUUGGACUCCUUCUUGGCUUCCAUUUUAACUUCGGAGUCAAGGGAAUAUGGUCGGGAAUGAUUGGAGGAACCGGGAUGCAAACUCUCAUCUUACUAUGGUCGACUUUUCGCACAGAUUGGAAGAGAGAGGUGGAAAAAUCAGCCCAACGUUUGGAUAAAUGGGAAGCAAACAAAGAAACUAUUUUGAAGGAAUAAAACUCUAGUUUAAAUGGCUCAAUUAGUUAAGGAAUCCUUUGGAUUUAGAUCCAAAUAAAGGUCGAAUCAUCAUAUGGAUAUGUUGUUAUUUCUUAAUUGUGAUCAUAUUUCCAACAAAUAGCUAUGUAACAAUCAUGAAAAUAUAUUAUAUUUAUAUAUAGUGCUCUAAAAUUUGAUUAUAAAAAUAAAUAUGGAGUUGUUCUCA